AUUGAGAGAGAGAGAGAGAGAGAGAGAGAGAGAGAGAGAGAGAGAUGUGGCUAGUAUACAUAUGCAAUGAGGAAGAGAAGGUGCUGGGAACAGAGAAGGCGCCAGGAUCAUGCCCCUACCGUGGAGGAAUAGUCCAAGCCAUGGAUGUCGAAAGUCAACAGACCUUUUGCUUUCUCCCUAUAUGUUUCAAAACCAAACGCAAAUACCAUUGCACCUUGUGCUCCAAACGUUUAGUCCUCUACCCAUGACAUUCCUCCAUUACCAUUUUUAAUACACCCAUUUGUAUUUAUGUUUCUAUACA